GUUUUUAAUUUUCUGUUUUUAAUGCACCAAGUAACUUAAUUGAGUAACUCUUAUUAGCAUGUUUUUUGUGUGUUUUUUUUAAUUUUUAGUUUAAAUGACAUACCAAUAUACAGGCCAAGUGCUUGAAGAGUAAGUAGAGGUCUUUCAGUAUGGAGUGUUCAUGGUGAUUGCUGGUUCUCCAGGUGCUCUGCUCUCCUCCCAAAGUCUCAAAACACCCAGCAUUUGUUGAACAGGACUGUAUGUAAAUGAAGAUCAUUCUGCAUGUACAGUAUAAAAGUCAGUGUGGAUGGUUGUUUAUCUCCACAGUAUGGACUGGUCAGUGCCUGGGCUGUGACCCACCCUCGACAGCUGGGAGUAAUUAAUCCGUAGAAAAUGAAUGAAUUGUUACAGAAUUCUGCAGAAUCACAUUAGUGGUCGUGCACACUGAUAAUUGUUUUACAAUGACUAUCAACAGGGUCUACAGUCUGUUUAACAAGCCUGUGAGCAGCUCCUUAAUUGUUAACAUGUGUGUCUUUAUAUAAAGUCUUUAAUUACGAACAGCUACGUCAGGUCAGACGACUGUUCCUGAAAGACGAUGUUAGUCCGUCCAUUCCUCAGGUUUCCUCCUCUGUGGCACUAACAUAUGUGUGUACACACGUGAACGGGCACGACUGUGGAUGUGAUGGCACUGGCUCGUGUGUGUGUGUGUGUGUGUUCACAGCCCCUCUAUGGAAACUUGGCCAUCAUCCAGCCGUUGCCCAUGAGGGCUGGUAAACAUGCUGCAGUAGAUCUCACUCUGUGAACACAAGUGCCAAACACAGUGUAAACUUGUUUCCAUCACUUCAUUCAGUUUCUCCUGACUUCUUUUUUCCCCUUCUGGUCAUUUGUGGUCUAUGAAAUCUGAAUCAUCAUGUAGUCUGUUUAAUGUGGUAUGAUUCAGGCAGUAUAUGUCUUAAAGCUGUGGUUCCCAAAGUGGGGGGCAAGCCCCACUUCUGUGGGAGGAGGAGGGGAGGGGUCAACGAUGUACACAGAUUUCAAUUUCAACAUUUUCUUUAUCUGUGCCACAGAUGGAAAAUUGAGCUGAUUUCUAAAUGUAUUUUCUUUUAUUCCAUCAGAACAUGAGCUUUUUGGGAAUUUGAGGGUUUAAAAAUGAGUUUUCAAGCAGUAGAUUUGUCUCCUACAAUUGUAUUUUUGAUUUUUAUAUUUAUUUAAAGAUAUUUUUUGCUACCAUUUCAUAGCUUUAGGGAAAAAUCUGAGUUUUAUUUACUCAUAUUUUGCUGUUUCUUUAUAUAUUUGGCUUGACCUUUUUUCUACCUGUUACCUGUUCAUAAAUAAUGCACAAGUUUUAGCUUCCAAUCAUGUCAUUUGUGAUCAAACAUUCGAUUGUAUGUCAACGUAAAUAUGAUACUAAGGCGAAGCUGAACCUUUUCUACUAAAGCUUAACAAAAUGUAAUCUUACAUUUCACAAAAGUCUUAACUCAGAUGUGAAUCUUUUCAUUAGCUUUGGCACCCAAACCGAGAUCCUUGGGACCUGAUUCAUUGGUUGUUUCCAUAGUUGAGUCACAUCAGACAUGUUAGUUUGUUUACAUAUUAAUAUGAGUAAUGGCAAAUAUCUCUGUAGGAAACCAGCCUUCAGACAUUCACACUUCCUGAGUAUUCAUCAGACCUGUCAUCUGUUGCCCCCGAGGGUCAGCUCAGGUCUGGGGGUGGUCAACACACAACUGCCCCCGCUGCAGCAUCGAAACCAGAUGUCUGAUGCCAUGAACCUCUUAAAAGAUACCUCUCUUACAAUGGACCGUGACAAAUGCAGUAAGUCAUUCACGUGUGCGUUCCCAAGUUGUUAAAAUUCUUACAAUUAGUUCAGAAUGGCCUUUAGCUGUGCUUGUUGAGACAACCGAAAGGUUGGACCUGAGGACUAGCGUGAGUGUUUACAUUUACCAAUGAUGCAAUAGAAUUCAAGAGGACUUUUCAUAUGAACUUUUAUUUUAGACUGAAAUGUAUUUACAUACUGGAGGAAAACAUGGCAACAUGUACAAAUAGUAUUAAUGAUGUCAUACAUACAGGUGUUAGAUAAGGCUAACGAGACAUCAGACAAACUUCCUUUUCUCUGUUCAUCUGGUUGAUACGUGUUCAGUUCAAACUCAUGCCAAACUAGUACUCCAAGUUUUGUACUUCUAUGAUGUCCAUGAUGCUUUGGCCCAUCACAGAGAACCAGGGAUUUGACCUGAGUGCAUCAUCAGGCAUUGUGUUUGAACUGAACAUAUUUUGGUCUUGUUCUUCAUCAGUUUGUAAAAUCUGGAAAUCAGAUGGUUCUGUUCCAGUCACCCUCAACAAACAGCCAAUCACAUCAGAAAGGAACUUUUUACACCAGGUGCUGCUAAAACAUCUGCGCUCACGUGUAGCUCCACUAACUGUCCUCUGUGGUGUAUGAUGAUGGACAGGACCUGGCCUCUCCCUGCUACUAUCUCUCCCUUUCUCUUCUCCAACUGCUUCCCACUUAUAACAACUGACAAGGGGGUUCAUGGGUAAUCUGUCUACGCCAGUGGAUGUAAGGAGAUGUGUCUCAAUCUGAAGUAAUACAGGUAGAGAAAGUCAUGGAAGACAUUUGAAGAGGCUGGAACACAGACAGUGUCAGCAACACACUUUACUGCAGUUCAGGACAUCAGUUUAUCUUUUUACUUUACUCAGUUAAUAGGAGACAUUCAGUUGUUUGCCCUUGUACUUUAUUGUACAAUACAAAUAUGGAAGUCUCCCUCCCUCUCUCGCUCUCUCUCUCGCUCACUCACUCACUCCCUCCGUGUGUGAGGAAAGUGGCGAGAAAGAAAAUUGCAGUGGAGGAAGAAACUGAUAUUCUGCUUUUACGUCAGCGUCUUUGGAUGUGCCUCAGCAAACGUGAGUAAGAUUAGAUGUGCCCACUGAGCUGCAGUUGCCUCAGCAUUUGCAUAUAUCCACCCUAAUGUGUGAGAGUGCGAUCCCGUGAGGAAGUUACAUGCGCAACGGACUGCAAGCACAUGUCCUCGUGGCCACAGAAGGACUGCAUCCUGAAUGAAACAUUGAUGGAAAUGGUGACAACUGUGAUGCAGCCUCUCAUCAGUGACACUUAAAGAGGAAUGAAUAUUCUAACAGCUCGACGUCGAGGGGACUGGAGGAAACAGCAGAAAGGAAACCACAGAACUAUUCUGGGAAUUUCACAGCUUAACAGAUUGCAACACUCUUGUUUGUCUUGUCAGUGCCCAGACACUAAUUUACGCGAAGGCUGUUUGAUAACUUUCUGAAAAAUACGUUCAUCCCUCUGUGGAUCACCACCUGAAACAGAUCUUUAACAAACAGGUCCAUCACUGGACCAGGACCAACACUGUGGCCUUCACACAUUGGUCAACAAGUCAAAAGUAUCACACCCUAAUAUAUUAUAUCUCUCAGAUCCUCUUCAUGUCUUGACCUUUCUGACCCCUGCGCCCACCUUGGCUCCAUGAGGGGCAGAGUUUCCAGUAGCUCUGACUCACUGCUCCUCAAGCACUCAAAAUGUACCUGUUCACACGUGCUUAUAAUUCAUAAAUUGAACAUUUAACGUCCCCACCUUGGUUCAUUUUCUGUUUCCACUUCACCUCAACAUCUUUUAUGUCAUUGGUGUGUUGAGUUGUUUUACUCUGUGUUAUCUCACUGUCUUACUGUAGUUUAAUCCUAGGACAGGAUUAUUGUCAUUUAUGCAUUUAAUGACUAUGCUUUUAUGGACGAAUAUAAUAUAAAAAAUGGUUAUUUUAAACCCAUGAUUGUAUAAACUCAGUCAUAGGAUUGUCGUUAUCUGCUGGGGUUUACUGCUGCUGCAAUCUCUCGCUCCCUGUGUUUGGUGGUGAAUCGGGGGUGUGAAUAAUGUGAGACUCAUGGCUGGCUGGUGAGGUGGUCUCAAAACCUCCAAACACUGAACAAUAAUCUGACGGACAGAUUUUCACAAGGUUUAAAAUUCUGCCACCGCAGCAGCAGCAGCGUUUGUCUCCGUGUUCAGCUGGAGCUUGUAACACUCCUGGAGACGAUGGACUGGGAUCAAAUAUUGGACACGGACAGAAGUGUCUGUUUGUGACUGGAUGUUUCACGGAUCCGGCCGUGGAGCCACGCGUCGAGGAGAAUGGCAACAAAAGUCAAAGAGACGGCUCACCACAAAAGAGGACAAAGCAGCACGCGUGUGCACAAAGAACAAGUGGCCUAGAACUCCACAGCCUUUGACUAUAUCCAGGUCCAGUAGGACGGAUCUGGGUGCAACUCUGUCAACCAGCACCUAAAAACAAAGAGAAAACGUUCAGUGGGAGUUCAGCUCCGUGCGUAAAUGGAGGCACGUCGGUGCGCGUUCCUGGUACUUUUUCACAAUGCGUACAAUAAAGUACGUUUGUUCUCUCGUCGAGCCACGUCCUGUCCUCUGACUGCACUGCUAUAGAUGUAUUAUUGACUUCCUCAUAGUUCAUAUCUGCCAUGAGUGAUGGCGAUGCCUGCACACACCAACAGUACCGGUGCGCAUGGCAGUGCUCAUGAAAAAAGCUGUGGCGCACAGGAUCGCAAUGGUUAUGUGAAAGCAUGUGUCAUUCCACUGUGCCGUGACCGAGGCUACGAGUCGUGGGUGAGGCUAAUGUUCACAAAAAUAUGGAGUUCCCAGAGACUCCGGAGUGCGCUGUGUGUGGGGUCGCUUUCUCUUUUUCUCACUCUGUUGGUCAAAUGUGCAGAUUGGAGAGCUGAGGCCAACAGUAGCAGCAGCAGCAGUAGCAGCAGCAGCAGUGCUGGAAACACACUGUCUCUAUCCUCGUCCGCUCUCCACUUCGUUACAGGCUGCGCAGCGGAGCUGGGACAAACUUGCUGGAGUUUGCUUUCGCCCCUCUUCACCUCCUUAUGUGCCUUCUUCUGGGUCGGUGUGUACCUGAUCCGCUGUCGGGUUCUGAUCCAGACCGCGCUGUUCCUACUGACCGUGUACCAUCUGGGUGAAGCGGCGGCGUGCUCACUCCUGGACGGGACAGAUGAGCAGCUCUUUUCCUUCAGCACAGCGGCCGGAGUCGUGCUCGUGUGCGUGGCCGCCGGUGCACUCAUGGUAGCGCAGCUGAACCGGGGCAUAUCGCUGAUAGUGUUCCUCGGCAUCAUCAGGACCAUUUCACUCUACUCUCUGCACAAAGUCAGGGCCACUUGGAGACCCUACGUGGCGUACCUGGUUGGAGUGUUGGGCAUUCUACUGGCGAGGUAUGCAGACAAGCUCCUUCCUGACCAAGGGAGAAACAAGGAGGGCUGCACCCCCGUGACUGGAGCCAGGGAAGAGAUCCCUGUAUUUAAAAGGCGCAGGAGGUCCAGUUCUGUGAUAGCGUCAGACAUGGCACACAGUCAGUCCAACAGUAAGUCACAUCGGCGGACCUCUCUGCCAUGCAUCCAAAGGGACCAGAUGCUCAGCCGCUCAGACUGGGACCACAAGAGAGGAUCCCGAGGAUCACAGUCGUCAGGCACCACAGUCAUGGUGGACAUAGCGGUGAUGGGAGAGGCUCAUGGACUGAUCACGGACCUGCUGGCUGACCCCUCUCUGCCCCCCAAUACUUGCACUUCACUACGGGCUGUCAGCAACCUGCUCACUACCCAGCUCACCUUCCAGCCGCUGCACCGGCCGCGCCCUGCUCCCCUGCUUAAUCUUGGCGACGCCUACACCUGCUCUGACUCAGAAGAAGGACCAGAGAAAGGCGAGAAGACGUCCUUUCACAAGCGUCUGAGGCGAAGUCUUCACCCUGGUCUCCUGAGGAGGAUCUCUUCCACAUGGACCACCACCACUUCUGCAACAGGGCUUCCCACAAUUGAGCCUGGACCUGUUCGCAGGGAUCGUAGCGCCAGCAUCAAACCCUAUCAUGAAACACCCACCUGCAGCUGUGGGAGACCAUACAUCAGACUGAGCCAUGGAGAGGGCUCAAUGGACAAGGGAGACAGAAUACCACGGUCAGCAGAGGACCAAGUGGUGGUGUCAUCAGACUAUGACAGCACCAAUGAGGCGAACCUCAGUGACAGCUGUGAUGUAGCACAUACCGUGGAAGACACAGGGGAGGGAAAGAACCCGGCCCAGAACGUCAUCCUCCACCCGCUAAUACCUCCUGAGGACAAACCUCUUCUAGCUCCAGAACCGCUAAUAAUGGAGGACCUGGAGCCUCUGAUGAGUCAGAUUAACAAUUGGAACUUCCCCAUUUUCAGCUUGAUGGAGAAGACAAAUGGCAAAUGUGGGCGUAUCCUCAGUCAGGUCUCCUAUAGGCUUUUUGAAGACACUGGUCUGUUUGAGAUCUUCAAGAUUCCCGUAAAAGAGUUCAUGAACUACUUCUAUGCCCUUGAGAAUGGUUACAGAGACAUACCAUAUCACAACAGGGUCCAUGCCACAGAUGUCCUCCAUGCGGUCUGGUACCUCACCACACAGGCUGUUCCUGGUCUGCCCAGCCUUGUUACUGACCACAGCUCUGCUAGUGACUCAGACUCUGACAGUGGAAUAACACACAGUCACACAGGCUUCCUGGUUUCAAAGACCUACACUGUGUCAGAAGAUAGUUAUGGCUGCCUGUCAGGCCUCAUUCCUGGCCUGGAGCUAAUGGCCCUUUAUGUGGCUGCUGCAAUGCACGACUAUGACCACCCAGGUCGGACCAAUGCAUUCCUUGUGGCCACUAGUGCCCCACAGGCUGUGCUGUACAACGAUCGGUCCGUUUUGGAAAAUCACCACGCUGCCUCAGCCUGGAACCUCUUCAUGUCCCGGCCGGAGUUCAACUUCCUGGUCAACCUGGACCACGUGGAGUUCAAACGUUUUCGGUUCCUGGUCAUCGAGGCCAUUCUGGCCACCGAUCUGAAGAAGCAUUUUGACUUCCUCGCUGAGUUCAACGCAAAGGUGGGCGAUGAUCCAUCCACGGGUAUUGAUUGGUCCAAUGAGAACGACCGGCUGCUGGUGUGUCAGAUGUGUAUUAAACUGGCUGACAUAAACGGACCGCUCAAGUGCAAGGACCUGCAUCUGCAGUGGACAGAAGGCAUCGUCAAUGAGUUCUACGAGCAGGGAGAUGAGGAGGCCAGUUUGGGCCUCCCUAUCAGCCCAUUCAUGGACAGGUCAGCACCACAGUUGGCCAAACUUCAGGAAUCGUUCAUCACACACAUCGUGGGACCACUGUGCAACUCCUACGACUCUGCCUGCCUCAUGCCGGGGAGUUGGGUGGAACCUGACCCCGAGGCAGAGGAGCCAGAAAGCACAGAAAACGAGGAUGAGGAUGAUGAUGAUGAGGAGGAAACAGCAGAGGAAGACGCUUCGACGAGCUCUGGUGCAUCACAAAAUACUGCCCCAAAGAAAAGGAGAAAAGUCUUUUGUCAGAUCACUCACCACCUGCUGGAGAAUCACGAGAUGUGGAAGAAGGUUAUCACCGAGGAGGCCGCCAAACAAGACCAAGGAGCAGAUUCUUGCCAUUUAAACAAUGUUGCUGAACCUAUUUUGGCCAUUCACGAGGAAGAAGAGGAACCGGGCAGCAGAGAGGAGCUAGUAGAAGGAGAGGACCUGGAGGAGGCGGUGGAGGAGCCAGAGUGGUCUGCAUCCCUGCAGGAGGACUCUAAAUAUGGAGCAGAAGUACAAGAGGACAACAUGCAGUCAACAGUCCCGUGAGACGUUAGGUGUCAGUCAGGGCAAGGAUGUGAAAAAGUAUAUAUAUAUAUAUAUAUAUAUAUAUAUAUAUUUGUUUCAAAUCCUAUGUACUGACUUUUUGUUUUUGUGCCCGCACAUCAAUUAUACACAACACUGUAGAUGUUUGGGAAAUGUGUGCCUAUUCAGAGAAAAACAGGGUGGGAACAGUUGUGCUUACACAUUCUAUCUGAAUAUCCAGCCAUGUAACGGAGCUUCUCAUACUGCAAUAUGGCGUCUCUCGUGUACUUGGAGAUACAGACUCUUUUUCUACUGCUCAGAGAAAAGAAAGACCCUUCAUGGUCACCCAGGACUGCAGGAAUUUCUCAUUUCUAUAAGUGUUUUCGGAAUGCAACUACAUGAAGACACUGCAGUUACCCACAGAUGGGUGUAACCCUUAGCAGGAGUUUUUAGGGUCUUGUCUGGAUCAACUUUUGUUUUUAAUAUACAGUAUAUAUAUACAUUUGGAUCACAAAGGGAGAUAAUCAAAAUGUGCAGCAUUGUUGUUACAUUUGUCUUUUCAACAAUGUUACACUCACCAGUGUGUUGGCAUUUAAGUAUCAAUUAUUGUAUUCAUUUUAAUUUAAGGAAGAGUACUUGAAAACCCUGGCACGAUAAAAUGACCUAAAGACUUCAGGCAGAAUGCUAAAAUGCAAACCUUCAACUUCUUGCAUCUAAUUUUUCACUUAUAGACCCUUUCUUUCGUUCCAUCGUGCAGUCAUAUUUUGCUUAUACAUCGUUCUAAUCACUCUCCACGAUGCUGACCUAAAACCCUCAGGAAACAUACGCCUCUUUAAAGUGAAUAUUAUUGUCAGACAUUCAAUUAAUAGGUUAGAACACACGGGGAGGAUUGCUUCCCUAAAAUUAUAAGUAAGGUUCACAAAUACAGUACGUUCUUGACUCGAUGUCUAAUAUCACAUUGAUGGUUCUGUGCUGACAAACUGCCCGGACUUCCUCUUCAAACACCUCAGGGAGGCUUUUUUUUCUCUCAGAGUUGAAAUCAGACAGGACGUUGUAGAGCAUUUUUCUAUCAAACCGUGAGUGAGGACACAGUGGACGCAAUAGAAAUGAAUAACAUCGGUGGGAUGUUACACACUGAGCAGAUGAUGAUUAGGUAUGUAAGGAGCAUCCUCCAAAGGCAGGAUUUUAAACUUUGCUCAUUAUCAGUACAGCUUAACAUCUUUUUUGUGAGUGAGAUAUAGUGACAGAAUCCACAUGAGCCAACCAUGACCCUGACCCUUAGGAACCCUGGCAUGGAUGAUCUGGAUAUUUUUAAUGGUACAAAUGUUGUCAAGACAACGACUUUUACCUGGAACUCUUAUGCAUUUUUCAUCAAGCCCAUUUUUUGGUUGGUUUCUGGCCUUCCUGCAGUCCAGAUCAGUCUUCAUCUCCUAUUGGAAAAAUUAAUUUUAUUAUAGACUUCAACAGUACAGCCCCUUUGAGACUAUGGAGUUAGCAUGUGUUGAAAUAUCCCUGUUCUCGUCAUUAACUCACACACAGUCUGUGUGAAUUUGAUACGCUCAGUGUUCUGAUUACAACGUCAUUACAGACGGAAUGAACAAUUUGACGUAUUGCCUUUUCUACUUUUUCCUAGUUCGUAGUGUUGGAUCAGGUGACCAAGCGACUGGUAUUAACAAAUUGAAUGCCUCAUAAAAAAAAGAAUAGUGACCUGAAAACCUUUAAAUAUUUUAAGAUCGAUUUACUAUUACAGCAAUCAGUGAAGGUACAAAAAUUAACAGCUGAUCUUUUUGCAAUUUGUUCUUCACAUUAAUGUCAAUGAGGAUACUGCUGUACUUUAUAGUAAGUAGAAACAGUGCAGGAUAAACCAGGAGGGAACUCUAUCUUUAAUUGGUGAAUUAUUUUCACUGGGUUGUCACAUCUGCUUCCUGCCAUCUAAAUGUGCAGACAGACAAGGCAAAAAGUAUGAAUUAUUCACGACGAUUCAAGGAAUCGUCCCGUGCUCAUGUUUAGCUCUUAUGACCUACAUACACAUCUGCAUGCAGCACAAAAGCUACUGCUGAUUUAAUCUUUGGAACCUUUCCACAACAAUCAACCUACUGGUCUCCAAACACAACAUAACAGCUCAUGAUGCUAUAUCCCUCUAGGGACGAUGUGACUAAACCUUACUUUGGCUGAUGAAUGUUAUGAGCAUCAUGUCUUUGUGUCCUUCACUGAGCUUUCCAGUUAACAUGGUUAAAAUGGUUUUGGCUUCCAGUCGUUAUGUGUGGCAAUAACUAUUGUAUUUACUCACAAUAUGUCUGCUGACCUUUCUGUAUUUGGCCAACACGUGUCGCUAAUGACUUAUCAUUAAUAUUACAGUAAAGACACAGUAGCAUUGCUUUAUGUUUUAGCUGCUGAUUUAACAGUGCUAUAAAAACAGUAUGCAAUGUGUGAGAGAUAAAUGUUUAGACUGUUCUAUUGUGGCCAUGUUCUCUAACAGACCUGCUGUGGUCCAAAAG